AUGAACAAUAUCGAUUAAUUCUUCAUUUCUCAUAUAUAAAAGUUUGUUCCAUCUUGGAGCCAUCUUUAAUGUGACGACUUGAGAAUUACGAAGACUAUAGGAAUAACAAAUAAGACAUAUAUUAUUGAAGCAGAUGCUACUCCAAGCAAAAUAAUCUUUCGUCAUUUUGGUGAGGUCGGAGUUGGAUUAUUUUUGAAUAGAGAAUAAGAAUUACACAUUGCAAGAUAAGUUGCUAAAUGUAAAAUGGGGCCACAUUUUUAUGGUCACACUUCACAUGUUCGUUUGGAAGAAUAUAUAGAAAAUGAGGUCAUGAGUCAGGAAUCAAUGAAAGACCCCGACACCUACACUUUGGUGGCUUAGACCUUGUGCAAGUUUCAUCAGAUCGAUGUAUCUAGUCAAAUGAAUGACAGAACACCGUUGUUUGAAAAGCACUUGCAAGAAAAUUCAGACUUCUUAUCGUAAGUAAGGGAGAAAGUUUGUUCGAGUCUCUUCUCUGAAGAUGAAAGAUCCAUUCUAUCUAACAUGGCCCAUUGGUUCUCAGAGGAGGAAGUCAAGUUUUUAUAGUCAGUUUUACCAAAAGAUGAUAUUGUAUUUUCCCAUAACGAUCUAUUGGCGAACAACAUCUUAUUGAUUCCACCUAACUUCGAUAAGGUUGUGUUCAUCGAUUUUGAGUAUUCUUCCUAUAAUUUCAGAGGAUUUGACAUAGCUAACUAUUUCAAUGAAUCACAAUUUAGUUAUCUAAACCCAAAUCCACCUUACUUUUAUAUAGAAGAAGGAAUGAUUGACGAGGAGAUCUUGAAGGACUUUGUCAAAGUCUAUAUCGAAAAGUCAGGAUUGGACUUAGACUAUCAAACUUUACUACACCAAGUCUACAUUGGAUAGCUAUUCUCACACUUCUUUUGGGCAGCAUGGGGAAUCAUUAUGGCAAAAUCAAAUGAUAUUGUAUUUGAUUAUCUUGCUUUUGUAGAAGUUAGAUAUCACAAAUAUUACUAACUAAAGAAGCAUCUUUUUGGAAAAAAAUGAUCAAAUAAUAAAAGUUUUAUAAAUAUAUUAUUCAAUAGUCUAUUUAAACUUG